AUGGAGAAGAAAUACGGCUCCGGGCCCGACGACGCCUACGACGUCAACGUCGAGGCCAGCUCACCAAAUGACAACACCGACUUCACCUUUGCCCACGAUGGCGAGCAGCUCAAGCGUGGUCUCAAGAGUCGACACUUGCAGUUCCUGGCCCUGGGAGGAGCCAUUGGAACCGGUCUCUUCGUGGGAUCUGGUGGCAUCCUCGCAGAUACCGGCCCUGCGCCGCUCUUCAUGGCCUACAUUUCCAUGUCCAUGAUCGUCUACAUCGUCAUGAACGUCCUGGCAGAAAUGACAGUCUAUCUCCCAUUCAGAGGUGUCACCAUCCCCUACUACGUCAGCCGCUUUGUCGAUCCCAGCUUAGGCUUCGCUGCCGGCUGGAACUACUGGUAUGCCUACACAAUGCUUGUCGCCGCAGAAGCUUCAGCUGCUGCCAUAGUCCUGGAUUAUUGGAAAGCCCAUGUCAAUGUCGCCGUCUGGAUUGCCAUCGUCCUUCUUGUCUUGUUGGGACUCAACUUGUUUGCCGCCGCCAUAUUUGGAGAGGCUGAAUUCAUCUUUGCAUCCAUCAAGCUGAUUGCCUUGUUUGUUCUCUGCAUCAUCGGUAUUGUCCUGUUCUUUGGUGGCGGGCCGAAUCAGCAUCAUGUCCUCGGUUUCCACUAUUGGAACGACCCUGGCGCAUUUGUGGAAUACAAUGCCAAGGGUGCGACAGGCAGAUUUCUGGGCUACUGGCACGCCUUUGUCAAAGCAGGUAUGUUUGACCAAACUUUCAUUAAUAUCCAUCUACCGUAUACUACAAAAUCAUGCGCAGUUAAGCUGACGGUUGAUCUUUUCACAGGAUUUGCUUUCAUUACCAGCCCCGAGUUGAUCGCAAUCGCCGCCGGAGAGGCCGUUUCCCCCCGUCGAAACCUCAAGAAGGCGGCCCGUCGCUUUACUUUCCGUCUGGCAUUAUUCUACGGUGUCUCGUCACUCAUCAUUGGCAUCAUUGUCCCCUCAAACGACUCUAGACUGCUCGGAGCCUCAAACGCCAGCGCCUCACCCUUUGUUAUCGGCAUUCAGAAUGCUGGUAUCCCUGUCCUGAACCACAUCAUCAACGCCGUCAUUCUUACCUCUGCGUGGUCGGCCGGAAACUCUUUCCUCUACUCCGCCAGUCGAGUUCUAUACUCCAUGGCCAUCAACGGCCAGGCUCCCAAGUUGUUUGCCCUUACCAAUCGCUUGGGUGUCCCCUGGGUUGCCGUUUUGUUCACCUGGGCCUUCUCUCUUCUCGCCUUCCUCAAUGUCAACAACUCCGGUGCCACUGUCUUCAACUGGUUUGUCAACAUUUCAACCAUUUCUGGCUUCCUUGCUUGGAUUGUCAUCAUGGUCACCUAUCUUCGCUUCCGCAAAGCCAUCAUCUUCAACAAUCUCUGGGGAGAAUUGCCGUACAAGACACCCCUGCAGCCUUACGGCACCUAUGCUGCGCUCUUUGUUAUUUCUAUACUGACCCUCACCAAUGGUUUCCAAGUCUUCAUCGGCGACAACUGGAAUGUGAGCGACUUCCUCGCUGCCUACAUCACACUGCCCAUCUUCUUCGUGCUUUAUGUUGGCCACAAGAUAUGGAAGCGAACCCCCUUUUGCAUCAGGACUCCCGAGGUUGAUGUUAUUACCGGCAAGAAGGAGAUGGACGAAAUGGAGGCCAUGGAUCAGCCUCCUGUGCCCAAGAACUUCCUGCAGAAGAUAUGGUUCUGGUUGGCAUAG